AUGGCCACUUUCAAAGUCGACAUAUACUCUGACACGGCGUGUCCUUGGUGUUAUGUGGGCAACAAGUCCUUGGAAUCAGCCAUUGCCGACUUCACCGGCCAGCACCCAGAGGCAUCGUUUGAGCUGGUGUGGCAUCCAUUCUUUGUUUUUCCAAACGUUAAGGGAUCAACGUACACAUAUCGGGAGAUCUACACCAGGGCCCACGGACCGGCCCGUGCGGCUGAUUUCUUUCGACGUCUCGAGAUCGCCGGCGCCCCGCUGGGAAUCUCGUUUGACUGGCAAGGCAGGACGGGCGACAUGGCCUCGUCCCACAAGCUCCUCCUCUGGGCCUCGGAGAUGAGCGGCAGCGGCAGCGGCCACCAGGACGCCGCCGCAUCACUAGGGCUGGAGGAGGACUUGUACCCGUCGCCGCCCGGAUCACCAAGGGCAACAGAAAUCGUCGACGACGACGGCGGCGGAGGCCGCCGGACGCCGCUGAGGCGUCUGAUCAUGGCUCUCUACCGCGGCGUGUUCGAGCAGGGCCGCAACAUAUCAGACAGGGGCUUCCUCGCGUCGGCCGCCGUCGACGCCGGCCUGGCGAGGGAUCAGGACCAAGCGCUCCGGUGGCUGGACGCUGCCGAGGCGGACGGAUUGUUGGCGGAGCGCACGGCGGCGACGCCCGACGAGGUCUCGGCCGUGCCGUGCUUUGUAGUCCAGGGCAAGUUCCAGGUGGGAGGGGCGCAGCCACCUGACGUGUUUUUGCAGCUUUUUGAGAGGAUACAACGUGAGCACCUGCUAUCGUUGGCGGGAUCAUGA